ACCUUAGAGCGGUAAACAUUCGAUAGUGAAGCUCCUUGCUCUUAUCGAGGCGUACUUGAUAUCUAUCCAUUCGUUGUCGUUAAACGGCUUUCUUGUUCGUUUCCCAAAUAUACUAAUCAGUACGCACAUUUUCCUCAUCAACGUAAGAUGUCAGGUCAGUCACAACGUGGGAAGACGAAGUCUUUGAGGUAAGUUCCUUUUUUCCGACAGCAAAAUGUUGUAGAGCUCGAAAUCAGCGUAUGUCAAUGCCCCCCAUUAAUCCUUUGCGUGUGGCGCAUACUCAGAAUGCCUCAAAUGACAACUUGGGUAUAUACGCGAACCCCAGACUAACGUAUAUUCUUGGACGCCAUGUUAUUGUAAGCAUAACUUACUUAAUUUAUGUGUAGGGAAAUGUGGGGGAAAUCAUUACUAUUGAAGACGACCAUGUUCACGGUGUGAUAAAGGCUAUUUCUCCUUCCGUAAGUGCCAAUUUUAAUAUAUUGCAAGGCUGACCUCGGUAUAACGUACGCUCAAGUUGCACAAAAAAAUGACAAAAGUAAUCGUAAAAACGUGUCUGACAAAACCAUUCUCUGGACAGAAAUUAAAAUGGUUCAGAUAUCUAACGUUAAAAGGUUGGACUGCCUAGUCGGUGAGUAAGAAACUUAAUUAUGAACUUUCAGAUGAUAUAAAAACGGACAAUGAGAUCGCCAAAGACUGUUCAACUAACAACUUUGUGGAAGACAAGGAGCUGGUGCCGUUCUUUGCCUCGUCUGAUGUUGUUAAAGACUGUUUACUUGAUCAGGGAAGCUUUUCUGCGAUGGAAAUGUUUGAGACGAAUGAAAAAAUGUUUUCUGUCGUUUCCACAUAUAAUGACGAUCUCCGAGAGUAUACGUAAGUUAGAUUUCAGUUCUAUCUUAUUUUCCAGGACACCCGUUGACAGGUCUGCUCCAAAUUUCUCUGAAACCGAAGCGCGGUGUGCAAAACUAGCGCAAGACAUCACAGAAAAUUCUUCAUGUAUUAGUUUAGUUGACAAUGAAGAUAUUGGGAUGGAAAAUGAGGAGGAAAAGUAUAGUGCUGUUAGACGCAACGGGACAGUCCAGAAUUCGAUGCGAAAUGCGAAAAGCAAUUCCCGAACAAAUCUAGCUCCUGCAGAAACUCAAGUCAAUUGCCUUGGCAGUCAACUGUCUCAGGUAUGUAUUCAGUCAAGUAAGCCCAGUCACACCGAAGCUGUUCGUGUGAGUAUAUCUGUUGGGGAUGCACUAAAGUCAGACGUUCCACAAGUUAAUGGAAUAUCUAAAACCAGCACCCAAGCCGAUAAAGAUAAGGUCAAACUAUGUCACGACCAACCUACUAAAGUGUCUACACCUACUUGCGUGUGCACGUCAGCACCUCCUGUAAAAACCAAUGUUGUUGAUGUACCUGUGUCGUCUGUUAGUAAAUCAAGCAGUACUGAAGAGCGUGUUAAGAAGUCAACGCUCGAUCCCAACGCUCCUGAGUUCCAGCCUAUGGGUUUGUCUUAUAGUUCACAUUCUGUUGCUACUAUGCCUCCUGCUCUUCAACCCAGUUUACCUACUCUAAACAUGCCUAUUCCACACUACGUAUCAACGGUAAACGUUAUUUCUCAAGCCUCUCAAUUACCGACACAAGCUACGUUUAUUGCUGCAGGUCAGCACAUGUAUGCACCUUACUCCUAUGGUCACCAGACACAUAUUCAACAACUACUACCUACUCCAGUUUGUUCCAAUGGACCUGGCACAAACCCUCAGCAUGUCCGAGGUAGUGCAUUACCCCCGUCUGUUAAUCAACAAAGCUAUGUCACUCAUGGUAGUAAUAUGAUGCAUCAGUUGGGACAGAAUGCUACAUUAGGGCAGAUUAUUACAGCUCCUCAGGUGAUUACAGGUCAAAACUCCACAGGUCGCCUUCCAGUUUGUCCUUCGUCUUCCGUCAACUUCACACGCCAACGUUCCAAUGAUUCCCCUUCUUCAGUAACCCACUGUACAUCGUACCCCGUCCAGCAGUCAACUAUGUCUAUUCCCACCUUCCAGUCACAAGCACUAUACCAAUUACCUCAACCAAACGGUACGUUCCCUUACUUGGUUUCCAGUCAUCCUCCAGUGGGACUGCAGUUCCUUUCUGGUUUGCCUACUGCUGUUAGUUCUGGUUUGAUGAUGGGAGGUGUUCACGUAUCACAACCUUCUAGUCAGCAAAUAUGCCCAACUCAUACCAUCAUGCAAAUGCAACCUGCGCAUCUACAAAUCCCUGUUGGACAACCAGAUCAGAUUAAUCAAACAACUACACCUCAACAAACCUCCCAAUCUCAGCAAUUAUUCUCUCAACACUUUCAAGAUCAAUCCCACUCCAUCCAAAUCCCUUCAUACGCAAAUCUCCAAGCUCCAUAUCAUCACAAUCUAAUGUUCGCUCCUCAACAGAAUUCCCCUGGGUUUUAUCCCGGGCCAUCUGCAAUGAUAGCGACACCAGGAGUUAAUCAUAUUGCUUCUGGCUUAUCACCCAUUGUUGGCCAACCGAAUCCUCAUCAACUUGGUGCCAGCGUGGCAAAUCAGUCGAAUCAAUCCGACUCCUCUUCAACCGCCUCCCAGCAGUUACAGCAGACUCAUAUUAUGUCUCAACCAAAUUGCCAACCACAACAAAUGUUACAACAUUACCCAGCAAUCCCUCAACCUCAUCUGCUACAAACACAGCAACUGUCCGCAGCUCAACAUAUAGCUGGUCACCAUAUCCCCGGCAACCACACCUACCAUGCGUUAAUGGCAGCAAUGGCGGCCGGUGGUGGAGUGGGAGCUACACAAGCUCAUUAGUUACUGGGUGUUUUGUAAUGCCGUUGACCGACAAGUAAUAUAAUCUAAGACAAAUUCCAGCGCUUUGUAAACUACCCGAUGCCUUUCAUUCUUGACACUAUCUUAAGGUGUCUCAAGUAGUACUUUGUUGAAUCGAUCUCCAGAAAUAUGCAGGUGUAAUCUCAAAUCAUCGUGGUUUUUCCUGUUUCUGCAGGGUGUUGACAAUGAGUUCUAAAAUGUUGUAGAUGAUUCUGCUCAAAUUGUAAAGAUCGCUUGUAUGCAAAGUUUAGUAAAAUAUAUUAUCGCUAAGC